GAAGUUUCUCUCGGCAAGGAUGCAGUGUUGGCAGUUGUAACGUGCAUUGCAAGCACAUGCUUUCUCUCAAUUAAAAAAGAAGAGAACUUCAAGGAUAUGUAGGGAGAGGAUGUCAGAAUUUUAAAAAAAUUGGAUAGGGCUACAUUAUUGCAGCUAACCUACUGCCUAGUAAGCUUGCGAUUGGAUACCUUUAGUUUAAACAAUGGAAAAAACAGAGUUAACUUAGAUGUUCUAAAAUGAGUGGGGAACCAAGAUCACCCGUGGAGAGAGAUCUUAUAGAAAUGUCGCUAGAAAGUGUGAAAAAGGGAGGAAACCAGCACAUUGUCAGAAAGGACGAGGAGGACGAGAAGCUGGGUCUGCUCAAUAUCCGAGCUUUCUUUUUCCUAAUCCUGUGGUACAUCUUCAGUGCUUUCACCCUCUUCUUGAACAAGUACAUCUUAGCCACACUCAAGGGUGAUCCAGCUGUUUUAGGAGCAAUGCAAAUGGUGAUGACCACAACAUGUGGUUUUAUCCAGUUGUACAUACCAAUGGGGUUCUAUAAGCCAGUUAAACGGGACGGGAAGCCUCCAAAUUUCUGGAGAAAUAUGGUUUUAGUCGGCUCCAUGAGAUUUUCCACUGUUGUCCUUGGUUUGGUGGCUCUAAAGUACGUGGCAGUAUCCUUCACCGAGACAGUCAAGAGUUCUGCCCCUUUGUUUACUGUGUUCAUCUCACAGGUUCUGAUUGGGGAGUACACUGGUUUCUAUACAUUCCUGUCUCUCAUUCCCAUCAUGGGAGGACUAGCACUGUGCUCAGCUUAUGAACUUAGUUUUAAUGUGCAAGGAUUCGUUGCAGCACUAGCUACAAAUCUAACAGAAUGUAUGCAGAAUGUAUAUUCAAAAAUAUUGAUAAGUGGAGAGAAAUUUAAAUAUACCCCGGCAGAGCUCCAGUUCUACACCAGCAUAUCUUCCGUGAUAGUACAAGUUCCUGCCUGUUUCUUUUUGAUAGACUUUGAUAAGGCUGAGGCCUCCAUGAGUAAAAUAAUGGUUAUAGCUCUGAUAGCUAAUGGAGUUUUCUUUCAUUUCCAAAGUAUAUCUGCAUACGUGUUAAUGGGCUAUAUAUCACCUGUCACGCACAGUGUGGCUAACACAGUAAAGCGGGCAUUCCUGAUCUGGAUUUCUGUGAUAUUAUUUGGUAACCCUGUGACAUUCCUUAGUGGACUAGGUACAAUUGUAGUGACCAUUGGUGUAUUGUUGUAUACCAAAGCUAAAGACUAUGACCACAAUCUACGAGAGCUUCGAGGGCACUACCCCAGAGACUCCCCUCCAUCACAUAAAGAAGUCUAACACACAGAGACUCCCCUCCAUCACAUAAAGAAGUCUAACACACAGAGUUUCCCCUCCAUCACAUAAAGAAGUCUAACACUCGGAGAGAAACUGGACUCGGAUCUGCUUUGUUGUUAAUGUUGUAUACAUUCAUGUUCAGUAACUUUAUGUAAAGAGCAGUCAUUUUGUCAUCCAUUUGUCUUUUUGUUGUUAAACAACAUUUCAUACAAAGAGGAAAAUUCACAACAGUGUAGGGGUGGAUUUUGUGUGACAUCAUUUGAUACUUCAGAAUAUUUACUUGUAAUAUACAAUAAUUUUUUUAAAAAGAAAUUUGGGGAUUUUUAGAUGAUAUGUAUCCAUGAAAUAUGUAGAAAAUGUAUAUACACUUAUAUUGUUUUAGGAUAAAUGAGCCUAAACGCUGAUUGGAGAUGAUAUAACUUGCCCCAAUAUUUGUACAUCCUCAUUCACCAAAUACAGUUGAGCAUUGGUAUCUCGAAUACCAUGGUAAUGUCGAAAGGAGUUUAAAAGUCCCAACUACAUUUUAUUUAUUUAUUUUAACCUCAAAAUCUCUAAUCCAGGUAUAUCUUGAAGUUUUUUCCUGACCCCAUCGAGCUCAAGAUAGCGAGGUUUGUAUAUGAGAGGACAGUAAGGAAGUUCUUAACACCAUAUAAAAUCUAUAAAUUCAUGAGAGACAAUUUUCAAGGACUACCUGAAAUAAUCGGGUAUAUGACAUGGUUCAACAGUCAAAUGAAUUAGGAUGCCGGUUUGUUACUUAAAGAUUUUAUGUGUUCUACUUGGCAGUAGAUGCGUUGUAGCAUCAGGGGUUUUUUUUGAGGGGGGGAGGGGGGGGGGUAAACCUAUCACUGAUUUCUGUUUAGCAGGAAUCCUAAAGAAAGAAGGACUCUACAUACUGUUGUUCUGGUUGACAAUCCUUAAACACUGUCCACUGUCAUGAUUACUUCACUGAUGUAACCUCUUAAAAUGGAGCUACCAAGAAUUAUAUUGCGCAGGAGUCACAGUAUUAAAAAAAAGAAUAAGUUUUAAGAGCGUAUGUUAUGGAUUGGAGUGCAGUAUUAGUACCAGUACUUAAUGUAUGCAUCUGGUAUCUGUGGUUAUUAUGUGUAGAGAAAACUAGUCACACCAAAUGUAUGUAGCGAUAAACACACUCUUUAAAUUGUUCUCAUUUUAGCCAUGACGUUUAUUUUAUAAUUAAAUAUGGUGUUACUUGGUAAAAUAAAAAAAUGUUCUGUGAUUCAGUAAAAUAAAUCUCCAAAACUUAUUCAAAUUUUUCGCACGUGUAAUUUUUUAAAAACAAUUCCUUUAUUCAUGUGGACAAUUUAGCAUUGGCUUAUUUUUAUUCUUAAAGAAAAAUACUGUUAUUGCUUCUAUGUGCAUGGUAUAUUUAUGAUUUAGUUCAACAUUAGGUUAGAUUGUAGGGUACAAUGUCUAACUUGGACUUGCCAUUAAAUAUUAUUUAUCAACUGAUAUUUUAAAUGUCCCAAUUGAUUUUGCAUUGUAUGAAAUUGUUGAAUGUACAAUUUAUUCUUUAUACAAAUGGAAAAUGAAGUACUGAAAUAGAAUCCAAAAGCAUGAUGUUGUAAGUCAAUCUUCACGUUGACUGUUGACUAAAGCCUCCAUGUUGACCCAUAAUGUGAUCAAUAACUGUUUAAUUUUGACUGAUUACUGUUCAUGUAUUGCUACAAAAGACAUUAUUUAUUAUAUUUAUUUUGUGUACUUGUGCUUUCUACAGCUCCUUUUUACCUAGUGUUUUUAUUGAAUACAUGUACAUGUAUUUAAAUUCAAACAAUGCUCCUUCUGUAAAUUCAACUUGAUGUUAAAUCAGGAAAUAUAAGCGAUAUUCUUAACUUGUAUAAGUGAGUACUUUUAUUAGGUCAAGGUCACCAAAACUCAAAGUAAUGUUUUAUGGCUCCAAAGUCAUUAACCCUGGUAGCAAGUGAAAAAUGUCCUGCGAUACAAAAAGGGCUGUGUCAUUGAUGUUUGUGUUAAACUUUUUGUGUCUUUCAUUAAAAGAACAUAGAAUUACAGAGGCACACGUAGAUAUAGUGGAAUUAUUUGUAUGCUCAGGGUUUCUGUAACUGUGUGGCUCCAUAACUUAAUAAGUAAGAGUGUCAUGUACAAUAUGUUGAGGGACACACUGUAUCACGUGCCUUUACCACAUCUUAUUAAAAACUAUAUAUUGUAUUUCUGUUCUAUGUAUAAUUCCUAAUUUUGUAUUCGUGAAUUGAAUUAAAGAUUCUUCUUAUGAAGUAGAAGUGAUAAAUAAUGUGUUUUAGGAUUGCGGUCGAGGAUUGAUGUGCAUUGUUUGGUGAUUUAGAAAUGGGUCCAAUAUGUAUAUUUAACUGAAGAUGAUAAGGUAAUAAACUGUGGAAAACCC